AUGGAGAGACGGACAGAUGCUGGGGCGGAUCUAACGGAGCAGCAGCAGCUCGCGCUCAGUCCGACACACACUCGGAGCGCGAGCCGCGGAGAGCGCGCGGGCACACACGGGACACUCACCGGGUCUGCGCGAAGAUCCGAGCGCCGGAAAACCUCCUCCUCCAAACUUUGCUCUCGUCCGCGAGCGGCUCCGCGCCUCCUCACCGUGGCCUCACCUGAGGGAGCUCACCUGCGCGCGGACACGGCUCCUUGUUCUAGCAGGAGCGCAGAGGGAGGCGCUCCUGGGCAGAAGGAGCAAGUCUCAACGGCAGCCCGAGCCUCCUCCUCCUCAUGCACAUUAUUGAAAGCAGGGAGAUCCAAUCAAGCACGCAUCUCAUCGAUUCACGCGCACACGGUGAGUGAGGGACUUGUCUUCAGCGGAUUUUUCAAAGCGGACAAACACCUCCUCCGGUCCUCCGCUCCACCGCUCCCGGUGCAGAAGCAGUUUUCUCUGGAUGUUUGUUCCCGCUCUGAAGAAGUGCGCGUGAUCACCGGGAGGCACGCGGCGAAGUCCCAGCCCGCAAACUCGCCUGUUGCAGCUCGGACUCAUCGGCGACUCAAGAGGCGGAGCUGCUCCUCCUGCUGCUGCCGGAGCGGCGCGCCGAGGCUCGGCCACGGACCGGGACUCCCGCCGGUCUUCCGUCACCUCUUUAAAUCUCCUUUCUGCAGUUUUUGCCCCCCCCCCCCCCCCCCGCUCCCCACGCACCCUCCCCGCUCUAUGCGGGAGUCCUGA